CUACUAGGUAACUAGGAAUACCUACCUUGACUUCAGGGUUGGACAUCUCGCUCACACCCUCCUUAAUCCUCAAUCAUCGUUGUGUCGCUCCCAACCUGUCUAUCCUUAUUUCGCACGAUCCACGCCUCUCACAAUUCUUGAUGAUCUCUCAAGGCGGUCGUAGAGCUUGAGCGAUCUGUCCGCAGGAGUAAAAAAAGCUUAUGGAGGGAAUCGCAACUAUUCUAUCAAUCUGAAUCUACACGGUCGCCUGCCAGGGGAAAGUCUCCGCCAAUGGCUCACAGCAAGAAUGGCCAGCCUGACGCUGGCCUGAGAAGUCUCAAUCAUUAUCGUAAUCAACUUCCUCUCUGGCGUUACUGGCCUCGGCAGAAACUGCUCCCACUGAUUCGAUUCGAAACGCCAUAUCUCGCCUGGUGCCAGGAAAAGGUCCGAACACCGACUCUGGAUUCAUACUUCGCAUUUACCGCCAAUCUCGGCACGCACACCUUCUUCAUGGUUUUCCUCCCAAUUCUGUUCUGGUGCGGUUAUGCAAGUUUGGGACGUGGGUUGGUGCAUCUGUUGGCCUCGGGCGUCUUCUUCAGUGGCUUCAUAAAGGACCUACUAUGUCUGCCACGACCUUUGUCUCCACCCCUCCAGCGGAUAACAAUGUCUGGUUCCGCGGCUUUGGAGUACGGAUUCCCUUCGACACACUCUACAAAUGCUGUCUCGGUUGCAGUCUAUGUUCUCUCGCUUCUCAAUUCUCCGGAUUGUACUCUUGGCCCUGGCACGAACAUGGCACUUCAAGGCUUGACGUAUAUCUACGUUAGCUCCAUUGUCCUGGGUCGCCUGUACUGCGGGAUGCAUGGAUUCUGCGACGUGAUCACGGGCUGUCUGUUGGGUGGUUUCUUGGCCUACUUGCAGUACACCUAUGGGCCGACCAUUGACGAAUAUAUCCUUGCUGCAACAGGGAAAGGUGUCACACUAGUCAUACUGCUGAUAUUAGCCCUGGUCCGUGUGCACCCGGAGCCUGCAGACGACUGUCCGUGCUUCGAUGAUAGUGUGGCUUUUGCGGGUGUGACGCUCGGCGCUCAAAUUGCUUACUGGCACUUGGCGCGUUCGAAGAUGGGAUGGUAUGAGGCGAUACCAGGCGCCACCUCCCGGUUUGAACUGGUGGAAGUUACCAAGACCGCGCUCCGGCUUGUCUUGGGAAUCUUACUACUUUUCAUCUGGCGGGCAAUGACAAAACCCUUCAUGCUUCGUAUCCUUCCACCUGUUUUCCGGGGGUUGGAAAAGCUUGGGCUAAUCCUUCCUCGGAGGUUCUUCACCAAUGCUUCACAAUACUCCCGCGUUCCCGCGCAGCUGAAGGAUCAUGAAGUUCUCCCGAACUUAUCCGAAAUUCCGUCUUUUAUAACCACGAUGCGCCAUCCUAGACGACGGGCAAUUUCUGUCGGUCCUCAGUCAGAAGCCGACGCAUAUGAGACAUUGGCAUACCGCGAGAAACGUAGGCGAGAGAGUCUCUCCAACGGCAACAAGGUCACACCCGCUACCGAGGUCGGCCAGACUAGUUCCUCCGUGAAAGAAACCCGGACGCCGAAGCUAUCGAGACGGCCAUCCAAGCUACAUGAUUAUGAACACAUGAUGGGCACGGGAGCUCUAGGUCAUGCGACCGCGGCCGAUGUUGGUAAUCAAACGUCCUCGACUACAGUGCCCUUCCCCGAUUUCGAUGCGGGGAUUGAGGCCGAUGAAGAAGAAUUGUUUGCACAAAUUAAGCCACCGCGCGUGCGGUAUGACGUAGAAGUCAUUACGAAGCUGGUGGUAUAUUCUGGGAUCGCAUGGAUAGUAAUGGAGGGAGCCCCUCUUCUAUUUUUGCAGAUUGGUCUCGCGGCGCAUUAGCAUGAUGGUCAUUGGUGCACUUUCAUUUCAACCAACUUAUCUUUUGGUUCGUCUCGGCCGGGCGGACUGCAAACGUCCACGAUGUAAUAUAGCUGGCAUUUCUGUACAUAAAAUUCUUUGCUUUACCUGUUCUUUUCUUUGCUGUUUGGUCAGAGAGGAUGGCUUUCAAGCUACUAUAUCAUGCGACAUGACAAUAUACAUCAGAAGACACCAGAG